AUGAACAUCCUGCAAGUCCUGGGCAUCCUUUUUCUGGCUGCUCCUGCAUUUACACUCACACAGCCAGUCUAUGACUACUGGGGAGAGUUUGGGGCUUAUGGCCCUUGCAGCCGAACCUGUGGCACCGGAGUGGCAAUGAGAAUCAGGAAGUGCAUUACGUCAAGGAUAGAUGGAGGACACAACUGUGUGGGAUCCUCCAAAUCAUUCCGGACGUGUAAUACACAAGCGUGUCCAGUUGGAUCAAGAAACUUCAGAGAGGAGCAAUGUUCUGAGUUCGACAGAGUGGACUUUCAAGGGAAACGUCACACAUGGGAGCCUUAUUAUGGAGCAUCCAACCCAUGUGAGCUGAACUGCGUCCCAAGAGGGGAAAACUUCUUUUACCGACACAGGCCUACAGUGGUUGAUGGGACUCCCUGUUAUGUGGGACGGGCUGACAUCUGUGUGGAUGGGAUCUGCAGGUUAUUGGACCAUGAAGACUUUAUGGGCUUAGAUAACGACACAAGCCCUGUUCAGUUCACUGUUCCUGUUGCUCCUCAUCCACGAGAGACACUCACAUACACAUACAGUGCUGGUGUCUUCGGAGAGUGCUCUGCCAGCUGUGAUGGAGGGAUGCAAUAUCGCAGCGUGGAGUGUUUGGUUCAGGACCCAUCGACACCCCAUCAGGUGGUAGACGAGUCCAACUGUAUCACUCAGCGCCUGCGGAGGCCGCCGAGUCAGCAGGCCUGCAACAUGCACCCAUGUGCUGCUGCAGAGUACAGUGUCUCCAGCUUCAGUGUGUGCUCAGUAACCUGUGGAGAAGGACAGCAGACAAGAGAGGUGAUCUGUAUGGGACCAAGAGGGGAACAUCUGCUUGAUCAUGCCUGCACAGGACUUGCAAAACCUGCUUCUGUCCGGACCUGCCGCAGACCCGCCUGCCACACUCACAUAACCUGGCAUGUGACAGAAUAUGGACUUUGCAGCAGAAGCUGUGGUGGUGGUGUGAGAGAGAGGAAAGUUGCCUGUUUUGAUACAGAUUUGAACCCUUAUCCCGAGGAUCGAUGCAGACCAGCCAGCAGACCCUCGUCUGUGGAAACAUGCAAUUCACAACCCUGUCACAGAGCACAAAUGGUUCCAAGUGUUCAGAAUCCAGACACGGAGAGAAGCACCAUGAGAGGAUUUCAACCUCACGAACCUACAGGUGCAAGACAGUUUACCAGUGAGGAUCGUGACACCGGCACUGUUCAUUCUUCUACUCCUGUUCCUGUUGCUCCUCAUCCACGAGAGGCGCUCACAUACAUCUACGGUACUGGUGACUACGGCGAGUGCUCUGCCACCUGUGAUGGAGGGAUACAGUAUCGCAGCGUGGAGUGUUUGGUUCAGGACCCAUCAACCCCCCAGGUGGCGGAUGAGUCUUAUUGCAUUGCCCAGCGCCUGCAGAGGCCGCCGAGUCAGCAGGCCUGCAACAUGCACCCAUGUGCUGCUGCAGAGUACAGUGUCUCCAGCUUCAGUGUGUAUCAGCCAUUGCGACCUGUUGAUUCACCAACUGGCAACGCGUGCUUCCUGCCUCGUGACGAGGGUGCAUGUGAAACGUGGACGGUGCGGUUCACCUAUGACAAUGGCACUGGCAAAUGUAAGGAGUUCUGGUAUGGCGGCUGCCAUGGCAACGCCAAUAACUUUAUCUCCCUGGAAGCAUGCCAGAGAGCGUGUGGCGAUGGAGAGAGGGAGCCUGCACCCAUGAGGGUGACCCCAAGAGGAUCAAUUGGUAGCAUUGCAAGAACAAGAGCUCAACGUGCCCGUCUCCUGUACACAGCAUAG